UCCAGCGCCUCUUGUCCCUUGUCAAGCUCAGAUCGGCCGCCUUAACUUAUUACUAAUUUUCAACGCGGUAAUUUUCUCUAUGGGGAGACUGUGAGGCGAGGAGUACAAUGGCCGAGCCAGCGUCAGAGGCGGCUGGCUUUGCCCAGGACCUGUUCUCACCUCUACAGUUCUGUGAGGUGGUGCAGGAGGGUCAGGCCGCCCACCACCACGUGAAGGAGGAGAUACCCCGGCCGCAGCAGCAGCAGCAGGCGCCGCAGCUGACCACUGCAGCGGUGACGUCCAUGGUUAACAUAGCCGGGGUGACUACCUCCACGACCACCACCCAACACAUACACCUCCAGGCACAGCCCAUCAUGGUGCAGCAUCAACACGUACAGCACCAGCACGUACAGCACGCGCAGCAGAACCUCACACAACCCCGCCUACUGCAGCAGCAGAUAUCUGUACAGCAGCAGGCGACACAGCAGUCUAUUCCUCAACAACUGAUACAACAGCACCAACAACAGCAGCAGCAGGCACAGCAGCAAGCACAGCAGCAGGCACAGCAACAGGCUCAACAACAGGCUCAGCAGCAGGUUCAACAACAACAGGUACAACAACAACAACAACAGCAGGUACAACAACAGUCAUCACAACAGCUAAUACAAACUCAGUCACAACAACAACAACCAAAACAACAGCUUCAGCCCCGACAACAAGCUCCAUCACAACAGCAGAUGCCAUCACAGCAACAAAUACAACAACAAAUUCAGCAGCAACAAACACAGCAAGCACAGCAACAAACACAACAGCAACAGCAAGCACAGCAACAAACACAACAGCAAGCGCAGCAACAAACACAGCAGCAAGCGCAGCAACAAACACAACAGGUACAACAGAGUCAACCUCAGCCACAGAUACUGACGUCCGUAAAUAACGUUCAGCUGGUCAACGGCUUACAGCUGCCCAUCACGGUGCAGCACACAGUCGCGGGCAAGACUCCCACCACCGUAGCGGCGGGCACCACCACUCAGCCCCCUCCACUCAUAGUGCUGACGGGAAUCGUGACGAGCGACAACAACCCCGUGGCCAUCACCGCCGGCGUGGCGACCACCGCCGCCGCAGCCGUCGCGACCGCCGCCAACGGAACCGUGAAUAAGGAAGACGUCAAACCCGUACCCGUAAAGAGGACCUGGAGGAGACCGUGGAAGAAGAAGAAGGAGAGAGAGAAGAAACAACCGGUAAAGAAGGCGAGGAGAGUAAAGAGAAAACGUAUCGUCAUGCCCAAGAAGAGUAUCAUCCACAUAGAUCCCAGGAAUGGUCCCAUGAUCGACACCGCAAUGAACCAGAUCAAGAGAGAGUCGGAGGAGGCCAUCAAUCAACUCAAACAAAAACGUCAACGAAUCAAACUGAAUCGUAACUCCGGCCGGGAAUACGUCAAUCGUCUUGGGAAGGUAGUAGGAGCAAGGAUCAUCGGCCCACCUUGCAACUGCCCCCUCAAGUGCUGGGAGAGAAUGGGCUCCAAAAUACUCGAGAUCUUCAACAACUUCUGGGACCUGAGCGACUUUAACCUACAGAACUCGUACCUCUUCACCUGCCUCAAGCUCUGUGAUGUGAAGCGCCGUUACACCAAGAAGGUAAAUCCGGCUGAGGAAUCUCGGCGCCAGAACACCUUCGAAUACUUUGUUCGCAUCAGUGGGAAACAUCUGCGGGUGUGCAAGAGAGCAUUUAUGAGCUCCCACGGACUUACGAGCGACAAGAGACUCCGCACGCUCUUCCAUCAGAUGAAGGACGGUGCUCUGGUGCCCGAGCCAGACAGACGCGGUAAACACCUGCGGCCAGUCAAGUCCCCCAACCAGAUGAGUCCCAACCACACCGUAGAGUCUUACACCACCAACAAGAUCAAGAAACCUCGCACCACCAAGAAGAAACAGAACAACAAGCUAGAGAACAAGCCCAUGUACACCCCACCGCCGCCUCCCAUGGGCCACAUACACCCACACUGUACGCCGCCCCCUCCGCCCGCCCACGCCACCAACAUGCAGGAGCCCCCCCACGCGUACAUCCCCAACGGAGACAUAUACUUCCCGGGCCACUACCUCGAACCACACCAGUCUAUGGCCCCACCACACAUGAACCAGAUACCCUCCUGCCAGAAGAUGCUGGAGGCCCCGGCGUACUUCAUGGCCGGGAUGAAGGAGAACACCUUCCACCAGUGACUAUGCUAACCUACGACACAUCGAGUCUCUCGGUCCCGGUGAUCGGACCAGAAUGCUUGAAAAGAAAUUGACUUGAACAAUAAGUGAAAAUAAUCAUGGUGACUGGCUACCCACUUAGAGAUUUGUUCUGUGAUAAAAAAAAGCAUUUUGCCAUUAAUUUCAGAAGAGCUUCCAUUGGCGGACGAGAAAGAUUAACUCCCGGCGACAAACGGACGAGUCGAGUAGGAAAUUGGUCGUUUGGCGGGAAAUGUUGGGAUAACGUAUAGAGUGAGUCUGUCCUUGAGGUGUACAGUACAGUAGAUGCAACAAAUAACCAGCCUUACUCUGGCAGCUAUAGUAUGUCUCACAUUCAUCCUUAGUUCCAAUAUUUUCCUCUCUUAUUACAACCUAUCAGGGCAUUAGUCUCUGCUUGAGCCCCUUUAACUUACUUUAAGGAGUAAAAUAUAGCUAUAAUUUAUUUACUAUGGGUGCCAUGUCUUAAGAUGAUAAGAAUUACCUUGUAAUCCUCCGGGUCAGCUGGUAAGUGUUGACCUCAGGUGCUGAAUCUCGUCUUAAAGUGAAGCUCGGACUUGAGAUUAAAACUGGAUAAUUGUGUUUUCCACUGAACAUUCCAUAGAUAUUUAAGUAUAUUUUUAUUGAUACUUGUAUAGGGUGUGUCGUAGGUUACCCACCAUACUGUACAGGGUGUGUCAGAGGUCACACACCAUACUGUACAGGGUGUGUCAGAGGUCACACACCAUAUUGUACAGCGUGUCGUAGGUUACACCAUACUGUAUAGGGUGUGUCGUAGGUCACACACCAUAUUGUACAGGGUGUGUCAUAGGUUACACACCAUAAAGUACAGGGUGUGUCAUAGGUCACAUCAUACAUUAAAAUCUCCUAUGCUGUGUAACCUAUGAGACAUCCUGUACAAUAUGGUGCACUACCUAUGACUCACCCUGUAAAUGGAGAGCAUAGCAGGUCUUCUAUUGGUCAUUUCAUCGCCUUAAUUUAAAAGUGAAUUAUUAACAGUAUUUUUAAUUUAAUUUGUGUCAUUGAGAGACGUCAAACAACAAAUGAGAAGUUUUAUUUAUAUUGUCGUUAAGUUGCAGGCUCGGGCAGCUGUAAGAUCAACAAGAGAAGCACGCGAGGUUCUGGUGACCUUAUGGGGUCGGAGUCCCUAAAUUAAUGGGGGAUUAUCGUAUAGUUUAAAUUGAAAUAUUAUGACGGAUUAUAAAUUAUUUAAUCCUUAAUCGGCAGCCGAGGAUUCCUUACCCACCUCUCCCCUGUGCAAAAAUAAAACGCAAGGAACAUGAAAAUUCUUCUGAUGAUGGCCACCGCCCCUUCAGUUAACUUCCACCGACGAUAGCCUCUGUUAUGUUGGUUAAAGAUUUUCACCAGAACCACUUGUCUUUUUCUGUUUGGUCUCAUCUUGGAAGUCUUGCUCAGAGAAUUACUCCAGAUCUUUGGUAUGGUAUUAUGGUCCUGUGUGGUAUAGUACUGUACGGUCCAUCAGUGGUCGAUAUACCCGCGGCGGUUCUACUAGCGUGCCGGUCAGUCUUGGAUUCCCAUCUGGCUAAAAGACUGCUAUUACCCUCCACUGUUAUACUCAAAGCCCCACAUACAGUAUUUAAAAGUGAUAAUAUUCUACCAGAUAAAAAGUUUGUCUUUGGCCAGAUGCGAGGUCUUGGGUCUGAAGAGAACCAGCGAAGGUUAACUUGGCUUUCUUUCUGUAGACUGGUAGUGAAGUGGUACAGUACAGCAGUCUCUUGAUACAAUUAAUUAUGCUGGACUUGGUAGAACUGCUGCUAAAGGUCUUGAACCUUCAGAAUUUGAGUGGGGAUUUUACAGAACCUGACACAAAUUGUAAAGCAGCGAGCGGAACUUGUUCAAAAAUCCUGAACCCACCAGCUGCUAAUUCGUGGCCUUUGGUUUAUCAUUAAUGGUUAAAUUUAUCACCAGGAUAUGAAGACUGGAGUAGAUCUGAUGGUGUUGAGAGCCUGUAGUGAGUCAUAACACCAUGGAGAGAGAGAGAGAGAGAGACUGUAGUAGACUUUCCAUCAUCUUCAGACUUUGUCCAUUAUGUCAAGACUGGAGUUGAGAAGUCCCUCUCCCGCAGAUCUCGGCGUAGGAAUCAGUGUGAUGUUGUGUUGGAUUCUUCAUAACAUUUUAAUUUGUAUUUUUUUCUCUCGGUUCAUCUCACGCUUUGGAAACCUGACAGUGAGAUAUCUUUGGCAUUAUUGCGUUGGUGUGUAUGUCUGUCCGUGGCGUCGACGUUCAUUGGAGUAUUAGCGACGCCACUCUUAGCAUUGGCCGUAACCUGUCUUUUUUUUUAAUCCAUUUAGUCACUCGAGGUUUUGAGUCUGUAUCGAUGCGGUUCGGUCGUCCGUAACGUUUCGAAUAAGUCGAUGUUUACGAGUUUCUUUCGGACGUCGUUCGCGGUGAUUUUCUUUACGACGACGUAUUGCAGAGUAACCACACCGUUUUGUCCUGUGAUAGCUCUUAUGGAGGUUGUAGUAGUACUGUAAGCUAACCCGAGAUAUUUAUACAAGUACUCCCAUUAACACGGCAGCACUUGAGGAGAAAGUGUCGGUAUCUUUAAGAAUCUCCGGAUGAUUUAAGAAACAAUUUAUCCAAAUGGCUGGGAUAGUCAACUUUACUCUUUGUGCCACAUUAGUUUAAGAUUAGACCAACUGAGGAGGAGAGGUUUACCAAAUGGUCUUUAGUACAAAUUUACUCACAUUCAGUACUAGUUAAUUCAUUUCCUUGGGGAGAAUAAUGAAGAGGUUAGGUGUUUGUAAGGACGAAUGAUCAUUUACCUCGACUUUUUCCCGUAUUAAAUGAGGAAAUAAACUACACCUCACUCCCCCCCCCCCAGAUAUUA